AUGCACGGACAGUCGAACCGUCCUGAUCCUCCCUCGCAGCCAGAAUGGCGACUUCCUACGCGUAUCCCCUCGCAGCCGUCGCAGCCGGGGCCUCCUCCUCCCCCUCCUCCACGUCCCCCGGUUGCUCCAUAUUCACCAGCUGCUCCAUACUCGCCGGCGACCUAUGGACCGAUUUCGAAUCCACAGAGACUGCCGUCCCCGAGUGUGGGUGCGGAUACAACCACGUGGGGAGUGCGGUUCAACCAAAGCUCCGGUCCCCCAUUACCGCCUCGACCUUCAAGUACCAAUGAGCCACGAUAUGCCUAUGGGCAGUCCCCGUCGAAUCUAUCUGUCACAGCUCCAUUUAACAGAAUCCAACCCUCUCCGCCCCCACCUCCAUAUACACCAACACCUCCAGCUGCACCACCACCACCAACCGGCGUUCCACAACCGCCGCCAAAGAUCCCACAAGGCACCCAACAUGUACAAACCCUACAAAGCGAUCAGACAGGGCGAGCUCCACUGCUCGCACAGGGCGCAGGACCGGCUGCGAUGACUGGAUCUUACGAAUUCCGCCCUGCGCCUAUUCUCAAUACAAAUACUACAUCUAUCGGCGCAUCGGCCCUAGGCGUUGGAACACCAUCGGAUUGGGAGCGUCUUGGUCCAACCCCUGGGCACUUCGAUGAUGCAGCGUGGUUCCCACCUCGCAAGACACCCCCUCUGCAUCAGGAAGAGUUUCAACCACAAGCAAAGCUUCCGGACGAUAAUUCCAACUUGUCUGUAGGAAGCGAGUCUGACAUCGUCUCUCGCCCAAGAACAGAUACAUAUGAAACGGUUUCGAGUACUAUCUCUGGAGCGACACAGUCGGGACGGGGUAGCUCAAAUUCGCCCGUCAGUCCAUGCACAACCCAUGGAAUGUCAACACCGCCCCCACCGGCUCGCGUGGAUACCACCGGCUCUGGAGUGUCUAUGGGUGGACGCUCAGAAAGCAUCGAUAAUGUAAUAGAUGCAUGGGUCCGUCCAUUAUCCCCUGCACAUGAACCAGUUCAAUCGGAACAUCAAGGCCGCACCGGCGCAUUCUAUCAGAAUAGCCCAGUAGAGCGCUCACAGUCAGCGCAAACCAGAUCAUCGGUUCCGGACCAUUUGCGAUCGAGCUCGAAUAGUUCUGCACGGAUCGUCGAAGGACCUAGAAGGGCGGCUACGCCGAAAAACCAAGACCCCUUCGAAGAUCUGGACCCCUGGUCCAAAUCAUCGUUGGAAAGAUAUGUCGCCAUGCUACGUAAGGAGGCAGUGGCUGACUUGGAUGAAGAACGAUUUAAGAUCUUCACGGCUUUUAUGGCCAAAGAGACCAAGCUCCGGGAGAUUCUCUAUAACAUUGAGCAUGAGCCUGAAAGUAAACCGCUAACUCCGCGAGCUCCUGACCCUGCUCCUCCGCAGCCACUAUCUAUUUCCAACAAAAACGAACCGCCUGUUGAGUCAGGACUGAUACCCGUUGAGUCAGAAGAAGUCUCGCCUCCCUCGGUCGCAACACCAACAGAGGAUGAAGAUCUCGAUGAUGUUCGCAGUGAGUACAGUUCAGGUGGUCGGCCUCUGUUCGCUAAGCAAGCGCAACGGGCCUCGCUGUUUGUUCCUAGUUUAUCUACUGUGUCUUCGGGGGCAGAGUCGAGUCUUUCGAGACCCUUAUCGGUCAUCUCGGCAGAUACGCAGAAGCAAUAUACGGAGGGUCCUCAGCGAGGGUCAGACAACCUCACCUUCGCUCGCCCGGCCUAUCAAGCCUAUUCUGACCUGCGGCAAGCUGCUGUCAAUGGGCGAGUCAUGUCAAACGCACAGGCCCCUACAUCUCGAUCGAGGUCAAGCACUGCACUUGCUUCUCCAGCUCAGACCGAUGAUGAGACCUUUCUAGGUCUUAUCCGACACAAGAGCGUCGCUUAUUCCAAACCGGCUGAGCGAAGCUCUCCGCCACUUCCAUUGUUGCCGGAAAACCUUCGCCAAGGCCGUCCGAGGGGCCUCGUGGAAGAAUUACGCACCAUAGUAUGGACACCCUUAGACAAACAGUCCGAAAGCUCGUGGCACAUCACGACUCGGGAAGAACUCGAGAAUUUCCCUGAUGAUUUCUCAUACAUCCGACGGUCCGUUGAUCAAUGGGAAGAAACAGCGCGAGUCAGACGGCAAAAGCUGGAACAAGAGCGCACGGCUCGUCAGGAAGGAUCAGAGCAGCACAUUGAUGAUCUUUUCAAUGGGAAAGAGAUUGGGUAUGCAGACAUCAAUACCUUGGAAGAAGACUUUCGGCAAACCGAAGCUCGGGUCCAAUUAGAGGAGGAACGACGCGAAGUAGACGCGUUCAUGACACAUGUCUUCAACCCCGUAGAUGAAGGCCUGAAAAAUGAAAUCUCAGCGCUUCGCAAGUCUUACGACUCUGCUCUCAGUCAAAUCGACCGUGACAAACAGGCCAAAGGCUCACCAAGCGAGCGAGGCAGCCCUUCAGUGACGAUGAAGAUGGUCAACGACAUUCAUAACAAGCUUGAAAUCCGAUUCCAGAAACGUCUUGAGAUGGCCCUUGACUGUGAGCGACGACGGAAGAGGGCUGAGCGGCGACCACUUGUGGUCAUGGGUGAUAUAGCUGGUCUACAGAAACUGGACGGAGAAUUUGACCAGAUGGAACGGCGAAACUUCCUGGAAGCGUGCAAGGAUCGUGAUGACCGGGCCAACCCACUCAUGGAUUCCUUCGACGACGCAAUCUUGCAUGGGCUAGGCUUAAAUCAGAGACUCCUGGACGAGCCUCCGGUCUACCCGGAUGCCGAAAUUGAGCAGAUUCUCAAAUCUGCGGCCACCUUUGCGGCAUCCCUCCGAGCCGAUUCGGAGGCCAUCAUCCGCAGCGCUGGGGUUGCAGAUAUGGCCUUAAACGACGCCGACUAUGGCGUCUCCGUCGCUGAGGCACGAUAUGCCAGCUCAGACCCGGAUAUUUUCGAUCGGCUGGGGGAUGAGAAGAAAAAGGAGGAUGAGAAAAUUCAGGAUGAACUGAAUUCAAAGUUGCAGAGCAUUCAGGAGGGGCCUGUGCAGAUUGAAGCCACAAUUCAACGCCUUCUCCUUGGCUUGCACAAUGACCCACAAGCCGCUGCCCCCAUGUCUCCAGUUCAAGGCUCUUCCCCAACUAACCCAUCUGGUGAAGUGGCUCUACCUCCAAGUCUCCGCCCCUCGACUACUACUCCGGGUCCAUCUCCCAUCCCGGCGCCCGUGAGCCAAAGUACGGAUGAUGACUUGGAACAUAAACAGAGGCUUCGCAGAGCGCUAGAGGCAGCCAAGCAGCGCAACGCCGCCAGGGACCAGCAUUGA